UGUGAGAGAAAGGAACACUUACUGACAGCAAAUGAAGCAAAACCUACAGAAUCAGCCAGUGCACACCAGCCAGACAGACAUGCCUGAAUUCAUGCUCCCCCAGAACACAUCAACGAAGCAGAAAGACAUCACUAACUGUGCUACCACUGGAACUCAAGUGACUGAGAAAAGGAAAGCAAAGUAUCUAGCCAAGGACCUCAAGACUCGUCUGUUUUCCAUAUUGCUGAACUCUGAAUCUCAACAUCCAGCAAUAAGUUUUCUAUCCAACAUGUCAGGAAAACUGGACCUGUCCAUGGGCCUCACUCUUGAAGAGGCAACACAAUGGUCCAAGUCUUUGGACAUUCUCCUUGCUGAUCCAUGCGGUCUUGCAGCAUUCAGGGCAUUCCUCAAGUCAGAGUUCAGUGAGGAGAACAUUGAUUUCUGGCUGGUCUGUGAGGACUACAAGAAAACCAAAUCUACAGAUAAACUGGGUUCCAAGGCACAACAUAUUUACAGAGAAUUCAUUCGAAGUGAUGCCCCAAAACAAGUCAACAUUGAUGGUAAUAUGAGAGAUUUGCUCAGCAGGAGUGUUCUACUGCCAACUCCUGGUUGCUUUGAGGGGGCCCAGAGAAUUAUCUUCGGUUUGAUGGAGAAAGACUCCUACCCCAGGUUUCUAAAAUCGGAUGCCUACGCAAACCUGAUAAACAAAAUACAAGCCAGCAACAGCAACAGUUAAAUGAAGAGUUUUCUCCAACAAUAAGAUGAUGAGAAUGAUGAUGAAGGCCAAGUCUGUAUUUCUGAUAUUUGCAUGCACCACAGCCCUGCAUAGAACUAGAGAGAUGAAAUCUGCCAGGAAACAUGAAAAGAAUACUGAAAUUCAAUAUAAACUCAUUCAGAAGAAGGGCAAGGAGUACUGCCCAGCUUCAAGGACAAACACAUUUCCACAUGCUGUGCCAUUUGCGUAUCAUUGCAAGGCUUCUCACCAAAACCAGAACCAUUUUUAUUUCCUUCACAAGAAGAAUUACAAGGAGAACUUGCAACAAAUUUGAUUCGGUAGAGGGACAGUGAAAUAUGAACUAAUCUUCCUCACUCAUGUUUUACGAUGAACUGGAAGAUUUUUUUUUGACUGUUGCAUGCAAGCCAUGUGGAACAGUUUUAGCCUGGAUUGCUUUGCACUAUGCUCCAUGACAAAUUACAUAAUGUUCUGAUACAGAAAUAAGGAGCUGUGGUGAUUAAAGUAUUUAUUUAUUAUUGCUUUUUUUCUAAUUUUAAAUGAAUAGUUCUGAGCAAUGACAUAAGAUCACAGCUUCUUUUAAAAUAUGUAUCUUUCAAUAAUGGUAGGAUAUGUCCUCAGAUCAUUACAAGCAUUUAGGCCACUUGUUAGGUGAGAGCUUUUUACCAGGAAGGUAAGUGUGGGAAAGCUGAGAGCAGACAAUGCAACAAAUAUCUGCACUAUUACCACACUAAGUACAACCUGCAAGAUAUUUUCUUCAGGGACAAUCCUGACCCAUUCUUAGAGUCAAUAUGAGUGAAAAGUUAUUGUAAUACCUUUACUGAAACUGAAUUAUAGUCUCUUACCCAUAGAGCUUCCAUUUAUGAAACAUUUUAUGAAAAAUAUCUUUGAUAGAGUCAUCAAAGCAGUAAAAUGCCACAGGAUGUCAAGAGAGUAUAAUUAGAGCAACCCUACUGAUCCAAUAAAGGACAGGUGACCAAACAAUUGUUCAACGGGACUUAUACCCACCCACCUGUCUGCCUUCUAUACUUUUGAAUGAUUUCCCACCGACAAGUGUAUUAGUCAUUUGGUGAUGUCACCUGCAGCACAGAGCAUUAUGAUGAGGAAAUAGUGAAUAGUUUGAAAGCUGAAUAUUGUUUUAUGUUAACAAAAUAUGCUUUUGGAUCACAUAAUUUGUCUGGCAAGGAAAUUAUAAUCACCAAUUUUCCGGCAACAUUAUCAAAGAUUAUUUUAUUUGAAUUGGCUAUACAAAAUCUGAUAGAUCCUGACAUUUUAUUCAUUCUGACUAGUGAUGCUAAUGAAAGGGCAAUAAAACAUUUCCUGCUGCAAUUAAACUGCCAGGAGAAUUCAUGUUUUUUUUAGCUUGAUUGCAUUAUUAUGCAGCAUAGUAUAUUGUUCAGUCAGAGAAUAGAGUGUAGCCAUUUGCUCAAGGCCUUUGAUGUGUUCAGGUAAUGUUACAAACAACGCAGUGGCUUUAUAUAACUUGGGCCCUUCCUUUCCUGAUUAGUCAGCACAUUAUCUCUGUAAAAUAUUCACACUGAAGCAUGAAUGAGUACCAAAUACUCACAAGCCUUGAACUGAGUAAACAGUUAUGAGAAAAACCGUCAAUGAAAGUGAUAUAGUGACAAUAAAUGAUGUUUAUAAUAUA